GCCGAGGCCUAGAAGCCACACAGCUACUCCCGCGGCAGGUACGCGCGCGUCGCUAGCUGAAAUUCAGAGUAGCAUAGGAGGAGCGCUAGCAGGAAGGGGCACGACGGAGCCAUGGCCUCCGGCGCGGUGAGCCCCGCGUUCGCCUACACCAUCGUGUACGUGAGGGACGUGGAGAAGUCGGCCGCCUUCUACGCCGCCGCCUUCGGCUACACCGUCCGCCGCCUCGACCAGUCCCACAGGUGGGCGGAGCUGGAGAGCGGGGCGACGACGAUCGCGUUCACGCCGCUGCACCAGCGGGAGACGGACGGGCUCUCCGGGGAGGUGCAGCUGCCGGACGCGGCCGCCGCGCGGGGCCCCAUGGAGGUCUGCUUCGUCUACGCGGACGUCGACGCGGCGUACAGGCGCGCCGUGGAGCACGGGGCGGUGCCCGUGAGCGCGCCGGAGCAGAAGCCAUGGGGGCAGAAGUCCGGCUUCGUGCGGGACAUCGACGGGAACAUCGUGCGCAUCGGGAGCCACGUCCGCGAGUGACGCUGCAGGCACGGUCGAUCCGUCAGCUUGGUUCCCCCGGCCGGCUGCUUGCUGCCGCGACACUGAAAUAGAAAAAUACGCUCGGUCGGCUAGUAUGUAUGUGUCAAAAUAAAUCGUGUAGCUGGAGAGGUUUAGGCGUCGAGGUACAUAUACGUGUGGGAAGACCAGUGUGCUAGGUUAAUACAGUAACAAAAAUAAAUCGUGGUCUCGAUCACCAGUGGGUAUUGCUCAUCCAGAA